CUCCGAGGGCCGACUGCUUCCGCGCUUGAAAUGAACCAGUCAUUGUACGACGCACAAGUCUUGAGUCGGUUGCUGGAGGCCACCUUCGACAAUGGAUGGACAGAGCACUCGACCUGCUUUGUUAUCCAAAGUACGUGGCAAAUAUGGACGGCAUGAUUACAAACGAUUCGACAACAUAGCUUCGACGCAUAUGCGCGCAGGCCGGGGGAGCAUUGGCAAGGUUGAGAUCGACUGUCGGUUUAUGUUUACCAAAUCCCGCUGGGGCGUCAUCGGGGAGUCGAAAAACCCCGGGGGUAUCGUCUACCUUGACCUGGAUUUCAGCCAGCCCGCAGACUGCAAGCUGCAGUCGGCGACCAUCACGGUAACCUUGACGGAGGACGACGGCGAAGAGGAUCGGAUACAGCACCGCUCUGCUUGUCCGGUCCAGUUUACCGACCACUACGGCCCCAAGUGCAUCCGGGGCCCAGAAUCUCUCGUACAGACGAGGAAGAUCCAAAACCGCACGCCCGAGGUGCAGUUGUUUGGCUAUGGUGCGGGUGGCCUUGGGGUAGACAAGGAGAAGGUCGUGCAAACGAGCGGACGGUGGGACUUUUCUGGUGGUAUCGACUCAACCAAGGGGAGCAUAUGGUACAACCGCUUGCGUUGGACGCUCACGGAGAACUCGCUGGAGUGGCAACCAAAACACAACAACCUUUUCCACACGGCAUUUGCCUUGGAGCAUAACGCGACGAGAUUCUAUAUGACGGUCCAUGUCAGCGGCAAACUCGCCAAGCUUUCGGACAAGAUCAAAAGCAAGUUGAAGUUUGGAGAGAAGGGAGGCAAGGACCAGGAGAUCGUAACCAAGAUCGAGUGGGCGGAGGGGUACUCGUGCCCCCUACGGUUGGACGAGGUUGCCUGCGAUUUGCCCGAGGCAAUGGGGUACGCGAAUAUGACCAUGGUCCCGGUCGAGAUUCCCGACGCGUUGGCUGCGAGCUACCACCCCGCCAUUACGAACCCGGUUACGGCAACCCUGCCAAUUCAACCACCGCCGGGUAACCCCCAAGUACCGCAACUACGACCGCCCCCAAGGCCGUGGCUGGAACCCCGGCCCCCGGCAAGCACCGGCGGAGGGACAUCGGUGAUGGGGAACCCCAUGCAGCACCUCCCCGCUCCGACACUGGAGGAGCUGAGCAUGGCCGCCGCUGGCUUCGCAUAUCACCCUUCUCAUCCACCCCGGCCUCCACCUCUCUCAACAUCCACACCCCCGGCUGCCGGAGCAGAAGAAAUGUCCGAGUCCUCAAGUUCGGUAACGCUGGUGAACUCGGCAGUGCCCACGCAGGUGGGAGAAGUGGACAGUGAGCCUGCCCCUGACACUUGCCAGAAGGACUGGAAACAAGAUCGGAAAGAAAUCAAGUCGAAAAGCGGAGGGAGCGGAGUAUGGCUGGGUGUCACCGCCAUACUGCUGUAUUGGCUUGGGAAAGUCGGCGUGCUGCUGUCCGGGCUCGCUAGUGUUGCUGUUGCGGUCCCAUCAACGCCGAAACUCGAGACAUCGAAAGUAAAGAAACGAAACAAGAACAAACUCAAAAUGGUUGGAUUUGACGGUGCAUCGGAGAGUAGCCGAACGAAAACUUCGGCGACGAGAUCGAGUUAUCCCGUUCGAGGGCGACUCCGCGGACGUCGGGGAUAUCUGAAUGUCGGUGUUGCAAAACGGAAAAGGCAGGAAUGGGAAGAUAUCGAGUCCAAUAGUACCAACUCAUAGCGACUAUAGGGAUAGAUUAACUACCUAAUUGGAUUCUGGAGCUGAAAAAGAAAACAAAUUAAGUCCAUGUCAUCUUCGAGGUU